UAAAUGCUGUGACAUGGCACGAUACAAUCGGAGUAACAGGAUGGAACAAUCAGCGGGAGCAACCCAUGAAAUUAUGGAGCGCGAGAACCAGGAUAUUGCAUCAAAUUUGUCCUCAAAAGUAAACAGGUUAAAAAAUAUUGCUUUUGACAUUGAAACAGAAGCCAAAGACCAGAAUAAAUACCUUUCUGGAAUGGACUCGGACUUUGACAGCAGUGAGGGACUUCUGUCAGGAAGCAUGAAGAGAAUGAAUGGUAUGCUGUCAUCGGGAAAAGGCAAUCGGAGACUCAUGUGUUACAUCAUCCUUGGACUCGUUGUGACGUUCAUUGUGAUAUACUAUUUUGUUUCAUGGUUCAGAGCAGGAUGAGUUCUGGACUUGUGUUUGAAGAGUGUGUUAUGAACAUGAAUGCGGACAUUUGGUUCAAGGAAUGACAUAUAUACAUGCAUGCCUCUUAGUUCUUCACUGGUUGUGGUACCUUUUAAUGAAUUGGAGGGGGAGAUGAGGCUAUUUCCAUUUGUGAGGAGGCUAGGCCUUAGGGGCAAUCAGUGUAUAUAAUUGUAAUAAUGAGAUUGAAUUCAACUAUAAGUUAUGGUCUCUUAUGAUAUUGGGAUGGGGUGAAUACUUAUACUAGGAGUUCAACUUCGGACAAUGUACAAAUGUAUAUUAAUAUUUAUUCUCAGAUUGAUCCUGCUCUAAAUCUUGCCGCAGCAUCUCAUUGAUAGGGCAAGCCAAUUGAAGCAGGUACUACUGGUAAUAAAUGUAUAUUUAAUUCGAAAUUUGCUUCUA